AUGUCGGACCACCAAAACCCGGACCAGCCUCUUCAAGAGCUGGCAACCGCAGCUCAGCUCGAUGAGGAGCUCGAACAGCAGCAGCAAAAGGAACUCGAACAACGCCAGCGGCUCCUCCAGCAACAGCACGCCGAACUCGAAGCGCGUCGACAAGCCGAGGCACUGGUAGCAGAUGUACAGCAUCAAGCCUCUUCCUCUGCGUCUAGUGCCUCCGGCAUCCACCAAUCCACCUCCACCGCCCCUACAUCCGAACAGCUCGCAGCCAGCUCUCUAGGUGAUGUCGAUGCCGUCAUCGCCGCUGCAGUCAACGCAUCCAAGCAGCACGCCGAGCAGGAGCGUCUACAGGAGGAGCAGCAGCAGCGCGCCGCCCAAGCGGCCCAAACCGCCAAUGAUGGUCACGCUUCAUCAACAGCCAUGGACGUAGACCCCGCUUCUCAAUCGCAAACGCAGCAUGCAGGCACAGCAGCAAGCGCCGAAACCAGUACCUCUGCCAACCCUCAAGGCCAGUCUGACAUUGACCCUGCCGCUGCCGCAGUCGCCGAUGCCAACAAAUCGGGAGCUCCGGGCGACAACACUGCAGGAGACGAGUCGAUGCGCGACCCAGACGCAUCUUUGAUGACCGAUGGCGGCUCUCCUACCAAGCAGGACACCGACGCUUCCAUGAGCAUCACUGGCACACCCAAGCUCAAGAAAGAGCGAGCCAAACCCAAGCCGCGAUCCAAGUCCGCUACCAAGAUCACACGAUUCCGUAAGAUCACCAGUUGUCUCCAGUGCCGCGAGAAGAAGCAAAAGUGCGAUCGCGUCAAACCUGUCUGCGGCAACUGCUGCGAGAAUCCCGCCGAUGACCCCUGCCACUACGUCGAUGACCGCAAGCGUCCUGGCUCCGAUGACGAAGACUUUGCUGGCGACUCUUCAAUAGGCUCACCCAUGGUCCGCAAGCGAAAAGAGCCUGAGGAUGGCCCUGCUGCCCGACCCAGCAAUGGUCGUAUCUUCAAGCGUGCAGACUUCCCGCGCGUCAAUGACCGUCGUCAAGCACUCAUGAUCCAGACACGCCGCGAAACGGUCGAGAAACUUGAACAGGUCGGCAGGGACCGUUCUCGUGACUUCAACACUCGUGUCAAUGCUGCACGAGCCGCUGCCAUUGCUGAUGUCCUCUUUGAGAGUGCUAUCACACUUCCUACCGCAGAUGAGAUUUCGGCAUUGCUGUACACAUACAAAACCCAGGUCGAGCCCUUCGUCAAUGUCGUCGUUAUCGACAUCAACAUUGCCCGCGUUCAGAGCUUCCUCCGAUGGUGGCAUUCCAAGCCCACCACCAUGCCCGCGGACCCUCCGCUCGUCCCGCUGCUUCUCGUCAUUCUCGCGCUCACACUGCAAGUCAAGCGCAACUCACCCGAAUUCGAGGGGCACAACCUGAGGAACUUCAUGCCCAUUCCCGGCAUCGAGUGCUCGGACGAGCGUACCUUGCUCAGCGUCGCAGGUCACUGCAUCGACGCUCUCCAAAUCGCCUGUCCGUCAGCAUGGUCGAGUGCUUUCCAGGCACCCAUCGACCUCACUAAGGCAUCCUUGCUCCGCGGCAUUUGGCAUCUCAACGAACUUAAUCUCCAGUUCGCAGGCACAUGCUUUGCCCUCACCACCCGUCUGGCCCAUGCCGCCGGUCUGCACCGCGACCCAGAGCACUGGUCUGGUAUGCGUAUCGAGGAAGCACAAGCGCGCAGGAACCUCUGGUGGAACAUCGUCUUCUUUGAAGUGGCACACGCUCACCGCAUCGGUCAGCCGCCGUGUCUGACGCACGAGGGCUUCGAUACCCAAUACCCCGACGACUAUGGUGCCCUCUAUGCCAUGUAUGAACGUGCCGGCCUUGCUGACCCUGAUCCCAGUCGCACCAUCCUUCCACCUGGUGCCACCGCUUUGGUGCCACGCACACCAAACCAGACCAACUUUGACUAUCACUGGGCUCGAUUCCGUAUCUACCACAUCUUCCUCCGUCAGAGUCAGCAGCUCUUCCGCUUCGGCAUCUCAUCGCCACCGGAUCCGAACCUUAACGAUGAAUACGCAAAGUGGCGCGAAAACCUGCCCGAGAAGCUCAAACUACACUUUGAGCGACGUGCUAAAGGUUCUGUACGACCGCAUGAAGAGCUGUUGGCCCAGGUUGCAUCCCAGAAGUUCUCCAACCGAGUCUAUGACCCCAAGAUCACCGAGGAGUUACAGGACUACCAACAAGGAUACAGCCUCGAGUUUAUGUACCAUCAGUGUAUGAUCACCUUGCAUCGACCUUACAUUGACGAGCAGGGUGCAUGGAAACCGCCCGAGUCAGUGCAAAAGUCGCUCGAGGUCUGUCUGCAAUCCGCCAAGGCACUCAUCAACACGGUCGAAGAUGUGCUCGCCACAUUGCCGGCCAACAGCAUGUACAACCAGUGUGCUUACUUUGCCUUCAAUGCCGGCCUCAUCUUGGCCAUCCACUGCAAGCUUGAUCCUAGCUCGCAGGUUCAUCGACCUCACAUCCAGAAGGCCCUCGACUUGCUCGACACGCUCUCGAGCAUGGCAAGACUCACCAAUGUCGCUGAGCAGGCCGGUCGAUACAGCUCGACGCUCAAGCAGAUGCUACAUGGCAUCGGCGGCGACAUUGCCAACCUGGCCAAGUCGGGUGCUUCCUCUUCGACCGCCGCACCAAGCAGCGCCAAUCAGAACGGCGACAACAACGGCGCUGGCCAAGGCAAGGGCGAUUCAACGGACUCAACGCGCGAUGGUGCGAUUCUCGGAGCCCUCGAUCCAUCAUUGGGUGGAGACGAGGGAAAGGAGAGCAACAACACCAGCGCUCGCACCGAUCUUGACGGGGGGCCCGACCGCAUCCCUGCAUUCUUGCUUCCCUUUGUCGGUCUGCCCACCGAUCCCAACAACCUUGGUCCUCAGAGGGGCAACACGUUCUGGAGCGAGUCGCUGCUCGACCGGCCAAUGGUUGGAGUCCCUGUUGCUUACCCAGUAGGCUUCGGUCAGAGUAUCCUGUCCAGCUCGGAUCGGCAAAAUGGAGACAGCUGGCCCCCCGCUCAGCAGGAAGGCCAAGCAGAUGUCGCUAGCGGACAUGGUAGUGAUGAUGCAGGUGGAGAAGCUCAGGCACAAGCCAACAAUGAUAUGGCGCCUGAAGCGGGUGCAGAAGACGGCGAUAGCGGCUCUGGAGAUGCUUCAGCAGAGGCUUACAACCUGUAUGAACUUUUGGGCAGCCGUGAAUUGGGCACAGACAUGCCGGAUCGACCCAUGUCAUUCUCGCAGCACUACAACCACCAAAACCCAACGCGAGGCGACCAGGCCCCUUCACAAUCAUAUCGCGCCUACGUGCAGAGCUCGCUGGCAAGAACCUACGACCAGCAGCAACAACAGCAGGGCAAAGCCGGUGGUGAGGGCGGAGACAAGGGCGAGAACGGUCUCGGUGCUGAACAGAUGCCAAGCGAAAGCGCACUGAAUGCUGUAGCUGCAGCAGCGGCUGCGGCUGCAUCUGCAGAAGCGGCCGAGGGCAAGGAAGGACUGGACCCGAGUGCACAGGGCAACAACUUGGCCGGCAUGUGGUACGCUUGGGAAAACUUUUCUCAGAUGCUCAACAACCGUCAGUGA